AUGGCAGCGACAAGGACAACGGCACCUGCGAAGAGCAGCACCCCCUCCCCGACACGCCCCCAAGCCUCUACCGCAAAGACCCCCAACAGCACACAAUCAACAACCAAGAGAAAGCGCAACGCAGACGAAGAGGACGAUGCUCAUACAACUCCGGCGAAGAGUGCACGUCGACGGAAAACCAACGAACAAGUAAUCUUGCCUGAUUCAGCGGACGUGAUCGAUCUGACAGCAAGCUCGCCUCCGACAACCCCGACCAAGAAGACCAAAAGUCCUAAGAAGCGGUCGCCGGGCGAGCUGAGCCUUGAGCGCCGGGCGAGAGUGUUUCGGAAGCAUGCGCCCAAGAGUAUCCUGGAUAGAUUGGCGCGGGCAAGGACUCAAAAGUACGAUAUGGAAGCUAGCUUGACUUCGCUCGUGCUGUUUCGAUGGUCUGCUAACGCCGGGGAUUCCGCCAGGAUGUACGUCGUCGGGCACUCGGUUGCCUGGGACGAAGAUGUUCCCGAGGUCGAGUUCAGUGUCGUGGGGUCGACUGGGAACAUCUAUACGACGGUUAUCGGAAAGGUGCCAUCCUGCAAUUGUCCGGAUGCGCUGAAGGGGAAUCAGUGCAAGCACAUCUUAUACGUCCUAGUAAACGCCCUUAAAGCCCCCGAAUACCUACAAUACCAGCUAGCCUUCUUAUCCUCCGAACUCCGCGACAUCUACCACGCCUCUCCCCUUGGCCGCCAGCAACUCAACCCCGCCGUCGACGACGGCAAGCGCAAAUCUGUCGAGGGCGACUGCCCCAUCUGCUUCAUGGAAUUCGAGCCCGACACCGAAGACAUCGUCUGGUGCCGCGCCGCGUGCGGGAAUAACAUCCACAAGAAGUGUUUCCAGCAGUGGGCAGCCACGCAGAACGCGCAGGGCGUGCGCUGCGUCUACUGCCGUUCCGUCUGGGAAGCCGACAGCACCAACCUCGACCUGGACCAGUUGUCCAGAACCGGCCACGUCAACCAUGAGGGCUACCUCAACGUCGCCCGGCAGCUGGGCAUGUCCGGCGAACGCGGUACGAGACCAUCCCUGUACCUCCUCCUCUUUGCCCUUUGUCGCUCGGGGUACCGGGGUGGCUCGUCUUAUUAUUAUGGCUGGGGUCGGAAUCGUCGGUCGUAUUGGUAG